GUCCGGAGGGAACGAGGGGUUGCCUCCAGGAAGUCGCGGUUGCCAUGGCAACAGGGCCCCGGAAAGACGCUUUACCGUGGCGGCCUGCGGACGGCGCUGGUGGAACAGAGACUGGGGACGGCGGGGCCGGAGCCCGCAUGCCCUUUCCUGGCCUGGAGCGCCGAGGAGGUGGCCCAGUGGGUGCUGCAGCUCGGCUUCCCCCAGUACGAGGAGUGCUUCAGGGCAACAUCGGCUGCCGACGCAUCCUCGUGAACUGCUCCAACCUCCCGGCCAUAGGUGUCAAGGACUUCAGCCACAUGCAGGAGAUUUCACGACAUGUACAAGAGCUGUUAGGGACUGAGGAGCCUGCCUUCAGCAGAUCCAUUGCCCUCCCAUACAGAGACAACAUGGGUCUCUUUCUGGAGCGAAAGUCCUCAUCAGGAAACCAAGCAGAUGCCCUCACUUUCUCACAGUUUAUCAAAGAAGCAGGACUAGAGCCCUAUACUACAGUUCCUCCUUUGCAACAAGCCCAGACUGGGGUAGAAACAGAUGCCCUCCCUGCAUCACAGGGCACCCAGAGGCAGGAUUAGAGACUCACACUGCACUUGCACCCUUAUAAGAAGCCCAGCAGAAUACAGCAUAAUUAUCUGGAAUUUUGUCCAAGGAAGUACAGUUCUACCUUCUCCUGAUUGUAGAAAAGGCAAUUGCAGCUCUUAGCAUUUUGAUGACA